CAACUGCUGGUUCUCGGCAGUACUUUCCUCAUGCUCUGACAGCGUGAGGAAAGUGCAGCCGAGAACCGGCAAUUGCAUUUCCCGGUGAUCAGCGUGUCAUUGGACACAGCUGAUCACAUGUUGUCAGAGGGGGGAUCGGCACUGAUCACCAGGGCACUGAUGAUCAGUGCCUUGAUGAUCAGUGCCCAGCAGUGCCACCCACCAGUUCCACCCACAAGUGCCCAGCAGUGCCACCCAGCUGUGCCCAGCAGUGCCCACUAG